AUGAACUACACGUCCAAAAGCUCCGUGGCGACAGAAGACGACUAUGAGCGGCCGGUUGAAGAGGAAGAAGACCAAGGGUCGUGUCUGAAACGUGGAAAGAAUCUUAUCCCUGCUGUAUACAGGACUGAGUUUGUGGAGCUGUUCAAGCUGGCAGGACCAGUGAUCAUCUCCCAGACCAUGAUUUUCAUGACUGGUUUUGUAAGUAUAGUAUUCUCUGGCCAUCUGGGGAAAACAGAACUUGCAAGUGUGGCCUUGUCAAUUGCGGUCAUCAACGUCACAGGCAUUUCAAUUGGUACAGGUUUAUCUUUAACCUGCGACACUCUAAUAUCACAAACUUAUGGGAGUGGUAACAUGAAGAGAGUCGGAGUGAUUCUACAGAGGGGGGUUCUGAUCCUGUUACUGGCCUGUUUUCCCUGUUGGGCCAUCCUGCUGAACACAGAAGUGCUGCUGCUCCUCGUCAAACAGAGCCCUGCUGUGGCCAGUCAAUCUCAACUUUAUGUCAACAUCUUCAUGCCUUCAUUACCGGCAGCUUUUAUGUAUCAGCUUCAAGCAAGAUAUCUUCAAAACCAGUCUAUCAUCUGGCCUCAAGUUAUAACUGGAUUAAUUGGCAACAUCCUAAAUGCAGUCAUUAAUUAUAUACUCAUAUACCCGCUUGACCUUGGGAUUGGGGGAUCAGCAGCAGCCAACGCCAUUUCUCAAUUUUUGCUGGCAAUUAUUUUAUUUAUAUAUAUCUAUGCAAGAGGUCUCCACAAAAAGACAUGGGCAGGCUGGUCACUUGAAUGUCUGCAGGAGUGGGGGCCCUUCAUAAAGCUGGCCAUACCCAGCAUGCUGAUGCUGUGCCUGGAGUGGUGGAUGUUUGAAAUCGGAGGGUUUCUCGCUGGGAUCAUCAGUGAGACGGAGCUUGGGUCGCAGAGUGUGGUCUAUGAGCUCGCUGUUGUUGGUUAUAUGAUCCCUCUUGGACUGUCAGCAGCAGCCAGUGUUCGUGUUGGGCAAGCACUUGGAGCAGGAAAAGUUGAGCAGGCGAAGCUGUCUGCAAAAGUUCCGAUAGUUUCUGGAUUUUGUAUGGCCUGUGUUGUUGCUGCAUUGUUCAUGUCUAUUAAAGAUUACGUUGCAUAUGUCUUCACUACAGAAAGGGAAAUUAUAGAGCGAGUGAGCGAGGUGGUGAUUGUUUACUCUUUCACACAUAUCGGUGAUGCAACUGCGGGUAUUAAUGGAGGUGUGGUCAGAGGAGCUGGAAAACAGUCUGUUGGUGCUCUGUUUAACCUAGUAGGAUAUUACGCUAUCGGCCUCCCUAUCGGUGUAUCAUUAAUGUUUCCUGCAAAGAUGGGCAUCAAAGGGCUUUGGGUUGGUCUUCUGAUAAGUGUUUUUACGCAAGCCGUUGUUUUCAUAACCUAUUUAUCCAAACUAAAUUGGCGUCAAGCAGCUGUAGAAGCUCAGAAAAGAGCUGGAGUCCUGGUCAACACUGAAGCACAAAUCAACUCUAUAGACUCCAAAGAGGUCACUUCUACUGAACCGGUCUAUGAAACUCCAGACAACUGUCUGCAAGACCAGCCUGAAUCCAGCCCCGCUGCAGGAUGUGAAGAUGAAGAUUUGGGCUACACAGACAACGUCCAACAUGAGAUACCUGUAUUGGACGAGGUCCCCAUUAACCAGCCUUACAGAAGGAUCCCACCAAAUCAGUAUAAAGAGUGGCUGAUAGUAGCACAGAGCAGCAUGGCGUUGAACAUCCCAGGUAUAGUUGCAGUGGUGGUCUUCUACCUCCUGAUCCUCGGGAGAGGGGUCUGGGCGGCUCAAAAGUCCCGCAGAGCUGAGAGGAAUGGCCGCGGAAACAGGACAGAGGUGGUGCUGCUUGGAGACAGAAAUAUCAAUCUGGUGGUGGGCAUCUUCACCAUGAUGGGCAAGUAUACCAUACACUCUGCAUGGUACAGAAAACACUCACAUUGA